AUGUGUGUACAUAUAUAUAUAUAUAUACAUAUAUACAUAACAUGCAGAUAUGAAUGCUGUCUAUACCCCCAUGCCUCCAAGACUUCACCUUCCAUUUGGAUCAUUUUGGCAUUUGGUCCUAGGUUCCACCUGGACCUUUCCUUAUGCAUCAAUCUGUCGGACAUUGCUCACCUGGGCAACAGCGUGCGCAUCUUGCUGGAGGGACCCCUCCGCAGCUCUGAGGACGUCCCCGGCAGCUUCUCCUUGAAGUUGGAUAAGUCGGGUGUGCGCAUCAACCGGGAGAAGGUGGUGGGCUAUGACAGCGCGGGUGCAUUUGUAAAGGCCCUGGGUAUCAGGGCGCUCUCAGAUCCGGAGGAUGCUGAGGGACCUCCCGUGGAAAAAGAACGUCCAUGCGUGUGGCUCACCCAUUUGCAGGAGAUGGCCAUUAAGCGCAGCUUCAAAGUCCCAUUGGGCUGCCAAGGGAUGCACAAGGGAUGUCCCAGGCUCUACUGAACCGGUCCAGGUCGGUCCCAGUUGGGAAACUGCUUGAAACAUUGUGCCAAAGAUGGGAAGAUGAACAGAUUUGGAAUCAAUAUGAAUCAAUAUCGGGGAGGAGAAGCCAACAAAAUAUCUUCCGCCGGCAAUUAGCUGAUAUCACGUGAACACGUGAGCUUUUGCUAAUUUUUGAGGCGCCGGUGCCAGAUUGUGUGCUGGGUGUUUCUGUCAGUUGGAGCUACAGUCAGCUACAGCAAUGACCCCC